GUUGGGCUUGACGCUCUGUAAGCCCGCACCGUCAAUGCUCCCGAAUGUAGAGGCUGAAUCGUGCUUGUGUGAGCUCGGAAAGGGACAAAUGUGGAUGAUGUGAUCUGUACCGGUCCAGCAUCUUGCAUGAUUUAUUCAGACAGGAGACCGUCUCCAUCUUCGUCUCCUCAUUAAUAUUCACCAUGACUCGCUCAAUGGAGGAUCUGAACGGGCACGUCGGUCAUCGCCUACCGGCGGAUUUCAUGUGGGGAUACGCGACUGCGGCCCAACAGAUCGAAGGAGCGGUAGAUGAGGAUGGGCGUGGUGAAUCCAUCUGGGACAGAUUUGCUUCGGCUCAAUCCAGCAAGGUCCAGGACGGCUCCAAUAGUAACGAGACCUGUGAUUCGUAUCAUCGAUACAAGGACGAUGUCCGGAUCUUGAAGCAAUACAAGGCGAAGGGAUACAGGUUCUCGUUGUCCUGGCCUAGGAUCAUACCGAAGGGUGGGAGAGAUGAUCCCGUAAACCCACUGGGGCUGCAGUACUACAACAACCUCAUCAAUGAGCUCCUCGCUGAAGGCAUUACACCCUACGUCACCUUGUACCAUUGGGAUUGCCCCCAAGCACUGGAAGACAGAUACGGGGGUUGGAGAGACAAGGAUGAAAUCGUACAGGAUUUUAGGAGAUACGCUCAAGUCUGCUUUGAAGCAUUUGGAGAUCGUGUCAAGAACUGGAUCACCAUCAACGAGCCAUACGUCGUGACUAUUCCCGGCUGGUUCAAUGGUGACUGUGCACCUGGACGGAGCAGCAAGAGACCAUUCAGUGCAGAUGGAAAUACAGAAACAGAACCUUGGAUCGUUGGGCACAACCUCAUGCUGGCUCAUGCUCAUGCGUAUCAACUGUACGAUAAAUACUACCGACCUCAACAGGGCGGGAAAUUGAGUAUCACCCUGAACGGCGAUUGGGUUGAACCAUGGUCAGACGACGAGUCAUCACACCGAGCUGCCGAACGCAAGAUGGCAGCAGCGAUUGGGUGGUUCGCAGACCCAAUAUUCCUGGGACACGAAUCGAAGAUCAUGCGUGAAAUGCUUGGAGAUCGCUUGCCGACAUUCACUCCUGAAGAAUGGUGUUUGGUGAAGGGCUCGAGCGACUUUUACGGAUGCAACACUUACACUACAAACUACAUCAAAUGUGGUGGAGAUGAUGUGUCGUUGGGCAAUUCGGAGCUAUUCUUCCAGAACUCUCGAGGAGAGAGCUUGGGAGACCCAUGCGCUUGCCCCUGGCUCGUUUCGUGUCCCUGGGGUUUCAGGAAGCACCUUGGGUAUCUGUACAGACGGUACAAGAAGCCUAUCUUAGUCACCGAAGCUGGCUUUGCGUGCAAGGAUGAACAUCUCAUGACGAGGGAGGAGGCCUGCAAUGACGUUGAGAGGACUGCAUAUCAUAUCAACUACCUGGACAAUCUUCUCAAAGCCGUUAUAGAAGACGGUGUAGAUGUUCGCAGCUACUUUGGCUGGACCUUGAUGGACAAUUGGGAAUGGGCUGAGGGAUACAUCCCGCGAUUCGGAGUUACCUAUGUCGAUUUCAAGACAAAGCAGAGGUAUCCUAAAGACUCUGCAGGGGCCAUCACAAGAUGGUUCGACAAGCACCUUUCAGCCUAAUGUGGCAGUGGUAGUGGCAUUUCGCAUUCUUGUCUGUACUCCUUAUCCCGUGCUCUUUUGCAUGCAGUGGUUCUAGCAGUGUCAUCUCAGGCGACCGUUUGAGUCCCGU